AAAGAAAAGAAAAGAAAAGAAAAAAAAAGAGGCAGCUACGCUCUUAAAUGGAAGGGGAUGGAGCGGCCCCUCGCCCACGGUUUCGUUUUCUCGAUGCGCCCCGUGCCCUGCUGAUCUCGCCGGCGAUUCAAGCCGGAUUCUUGGGCGAAAUCAUAAAAUCCGGCCUUUAGAUCUCGAUAUCACGGAGGGAGAGGUGGUAUCGGCCCGUUCGCGGGCGAAAACCAACGGCUUGUAGCCGUUUGUGGAAGGAGAUCAGGUGGGGGACCUGGAUUGAUACGUGAUCGGGGCGGAAUUGAUGAAUGGAAGCCUAAAGAGGUAAAAAGUCGAGACUUUUUUUGCAAUUUUUGCCGAAUUAGCUGUGGGAGUCGGUGUCUGAGCGAGAAAUUUGCGAGUUUUGAUACGAAAAGUUCGUGUUUUCUGGAAGGAAAUCUGGAGUUUUUAGGGGGUUUCUUUUCCGGCUCCGGCAUUAUUAAGGUUUUUAAUUCACCCUGGGGUUCUGCAUUGGGUGGAGUCGACGAGAUUAUUGGUUUCCUUUGUUGAUGUGGGCGUAAAAAAAUAAUUCUCGUUUCGACUCGUGGGACGUUGAUGGUUCUCGUGGGAGGGGAUUGGUGUUAGAUUCUUAUUUAUGGGGGGCAAAGCUCAGUGGUUUCCGAGGAUGUGCCGGUUGGAGAAGUCGAUGGGAUCUCAGUACGCCGGGGAGCGGCAGGUGGGUCUGAAGGCCGGCGGCGACGAUGUCGGGGUGAAGGUGGAGAAGCUCAAGGGCUCGAUGGUGUCUAGGUCUCGGGUGAAGCUCUGGAUGAUCCGGGCGACGACCACCGUGCUUCUGUGGACGUGCGUGGUCCAGCUCACGGCACUGGGGGAGAUGUGGGGGCCGAGGGUGCUCAAGGGCUGGCCUUCUUGCUUCACCCCCUCCGAUUCGCCUGCUCCAGUGAAACCCUCUUCGGUGGUUGAAAAAAUCCCUCCUCCGCCCAAAAGGAUAUAUAAGAACAAUGGUUAUUUAAUGGUGUCAUGCAAUGGCGGGCUUAAUCAGAUGCGAGCAGCAAUUUGCGAUAUGGUCACCAUUGCUAGAUAUUUGAAUGUGACACUCAUUGUACCAGAGUUGGAUAAAACAUCAUUUUGGGCCGAUCCUAGUGAGUUUCAAGACAUAUUUGAUGUGGAUCAUUUUAUUACAUCUUUGAGAGAUGAGGUUCGGAUAUUGAAAGAACUACCCCCUAGGUUAAAAAGAAGGGCAGAGCAUAGAAUGGUAUAUUCUAUGCCACCUGUUAGUUGGUCCGAUAUUUCUUAUUACCAAAAUCAGAUUCUUCCUUUGAUACAGAAGCACAAGAUAGUGCAUUUAAAUAAAACUGAUGCCCGGCUUGCUAAUAAUGGCUUGCCUUUAGAGAUUCAGAAAUUGCGUUGUCGAGUAAAUUAUGCUGCUCUGCGAUUUACCCCUCAGAUUGAAGAGCUAGGUAGACGAGUGAUUAGAAUCUUGCAACAGAAUGGUCCAUUUCUGGUCCUCCAUUUACGAUAUGAAAUGGACAUGUUGGCUUUCUCAGGCUGUACUCAGGGUUGUACUGAAGAAGAGGCAGAGGAGUUGACAAGAAUGAGAUAUGCAUAUCCUUGGUGGAAAGAGAAAGUUAUCAACUCUGACCUGAAAAGGAAAGAUGGCCUGUGUCCUUUGACGCCAGAGGAGACUGCUCUGGUUUUGAGGGCAUUAGAUAUUGAUCGUAAUGUUCGCAUAUACAUUGCAGCAGGAGAAAUGUAUGGUGGACAGAGGAGGAUGGCUGCCCUUACUGCAGCUUAUCCAAAUGUGGUGCGAAAGGAGACACUAUUGGAACCUUCCGAUCUUAGGUUUUUCCAGAACCACUCAUCACAAAUGGCAGCAUUAGAUUACUUGGUUUCUUUAGAGAGUGACAUUUUUGUUCCUACUUAUGAUGGUAACAUGGCCAAGGUUGUCGAGGGUCAUCGCAGGUACUUGGGUUUCAGGAAGACAAUCCAAUUGGAUCGAAAGCUCCUCGUUGAGCUGAUAGACCAGUACAAUAAUGGUUCUUUGGGUUGGGAUGAGUUCUCCUCGUUGGUUAAGGCUGCCCAUGUUAAUCGGAUGGGAAAACCCACAAGGAGGGUGGUGAUUCCCGAUAGACCCAAGGAAGAGGACUACUUCUAUGCCAAUCCCCAAGAGUGCCUGCGUCGGCUUGAUGAGCCAUGGAGUUUGUGAAAUUAUUGUAGCCCUUCGCCAUUCUUUCAUAAAUGCAGUAAAUCUAUAUCCUUUCCUAAGAGGUCUCCACUGGACCCAACUGAUCAAAGUGGAGAAGGUUUGCUUCAAGGAGAGGGUAGAUAAUUGGAGGAGGUCAGCUCAUGCUGGAGGUGUUUUUCUGGUGCAACUGGUAAAUACACAUAUUUAUAAUAUGAGAUAGCUUUAUUUACAUUGUUCAAAGAAAAAAAUUGGAUUCUUGUAUAGAGGGUGAUUGAGAGAGAGAGAGAGAGGGGGGGGGGUGGGGGUCGUCAACCCAUUGCAGGGAAAUACAAGCUGCAUGUACAACACAGCAGAUUGAAAUAGAGAGAUGUCAGUUGUUAAUCUGGAUACAAGGUUUUGUGGAAGGUCCGUUGCCUCAACAUCUCAAUCUCUCAACCUAUUGUUUUGUGACUCCAAUCAAUGAAACAUUUGCAAUAUCCUCGGGUUAUAUAGAUUGACUCAACUCUUGUUUGAUUACUGUUUGUAACAUUUGGUGCCAUCUUUCAUAUGCACUUAUCUUUAUUUCA